UAGGGGCCUCCUUUCGAGCCUCUUGGGGGCCUCGUGGGGCCUCUCUCUCCCAGGCGCGCGCGCGUUACUCCUUGCCGGGGGGUCCGAGCCACCCGCCGCGCUGCCGCACGCGACCCUUGCGGCUCAAGCACCAAUUCUGUAACUGGAGUCCUCCAAGCCUCGGGGGAGCCCAAACCCGAGGCGAAGUGAGACUCGUUCGGCUCCCGCUGGCCUGCCUCCUCCCACCUGCCAGGGUUGCUCGCCAUCCGAUCCGACCCCCGAACUUCGAGUCCGAGUCCGAGCCCGCUCCGCGAGCUCCAGCGGCGCGAUCCCAGCCCGAGUCCUUGCGAAUCGAAGUUGAGGCAAAGAAGGAGGAAGCGGAGGAGGAGGAAGAGCGGAAGGAAAAGGUGGAGGAGGAUGGGGAAAAGGAGGAGGAGGACGACGACGAAUGGGGGUGGUAAGGAGCAAAACGAGUCUCAGCUUCCUUUGCGGUUUGAGAUACCCUGGGCAGCGACCUUGCCACCCACCGCACGGCUCGCCCUGGCGGGCCGCCCAGACGGGGCGCCCCCGCGCGCAACAGCCAACACACCGAUGAUGCCCCGCUGCCUCGUCUCGACGGCCUGCCUGACCCUCUCCCUGUGCGCGUCACGAGCCCUGAAGUUCGGCGACGGCCCACACGAUCCCAGGUCGGUCAUCGAGGUGGAGCUGUACCACGUCGCCUUUGGGAAGAACAAGGCGUCAAGCGCCGAGGUCGCGGAGUGGGCACAGAGGCACGCGAAGCAGCUGGAGGUCGAGGUGCAGGACGCCAUCGACGCCCGGCCCGGCGCCCCCGCUUGGCGGCCCGGCGCCCCCCGCGGGCCCGCCGUCGCGAGCUUGGCGGAGCUGAGGCCCUCCCAGACCCGCGCGGGCGGCGGCGAGGAGGCGGUCCUCCGCUUCGACGUGUCGGGCAUGGCGGCGGAGGCCAUGGGGGCGGACCUCCGGGCCGAGAUCGAAAGGGUCAUCGCGGAGCACGUCUCGAGCUGCAAGGGGGCCGUCAUGCAGCAGCCCACCUACAAGUCGCUGCAGCCCUCACCGUCGGCGUUCCAGGGCGGGGAGGCCUCCAUCGAGCGCACGGGGGCGCCCUCUGGCAAGGCCGUCCCCGGCGGCGGCGACGAGAUCGAGAGGAAGAGGCGCGCGAGGAGGGAUGAUGCCGCGUCUGGUUUUGGCGACCCUCACCUCACCAACAUGCACGGGGAGCACUUCGACCUCUACAAGCAGGGCGUCUGGGGACACAGACCGUACACUGACGCUGAUCCUAACCAAGCCACUUCCUGGGCCCAGGUGUGGUCUAUGCCCACCCCCGUGCCCAGGACGGGAUCUUGGGCAACCACCACGGUUCUGUGCAGGCGGGUGUACGGUUGGCGUCCUCCCCAAGGGGUCCACACGCUCAUCGAGGUCCCCCGGCGGGCGCGCCCAGAGGACGUGCUGCUGCGCGUCGACGCCGACGCCCUCCGCCUCGGCGCCGCGUGCGAGGACCUGUAUUUCGAAGUCGUGAACAUUACGGGCCGCUGGACGCGCCUGGACGGCGGCCUCCAGUUCUUCGCCCAGAGCGGCGCCGACAACAGGAGUUGGACGCAGUUCGGCGAGGUGUACCUUAAGGUGGUCAGGGGGCACACCGCCAGCGGCAUCGUGUACCUCAACGUCUUCGUCAAGCGCCUGGGCCGCGUCAGCUACCCCGUCGGCGGCCUCCUCGGCGAGGACGACCACAUGGCCGCGGCCACCCCUGGGCCCGAGUGUUCCAGGGCUGGCGACGUAGACCUCCAAGCCGGAGCCCACGCCGAUGGGCCGACGGCGGGGUCGAUCGCGGAGGCUGACGUCGAAGGAUGAGCGGCCAUCCUGGGGGCAGGCGGCCGCCGCGGAGCGAAAGCCUGGCUGAUCUGGCUGAAUUGAGCUGAUCUGUCGCACCGCGUCUCGCGGGGUUG